AUACCUUGACUGGACCCUUUAUUUCUGUAAUUUAUUCCUGAAGUCUUCAGUGUGACAGGGAAUCACUCCACCCCACAUAGUACAGUGGGCUGUACAAGCUAGCUGUCACAAGCUUCCUGCCUAUGGAGUGAAGGAAGAGAGCAGGGUCUGCUAUCAGAGCCAAGAGCAAGUGCUACUGAAACUUGCAUAUCUUUGCGGAUCCAGAAAAGGUCUGUGUCUGCGGUGGGGGGCAUGGCCAGGAACCACAGUGAUGCCUCUUUAACCGUACUGUAACCUAAGGGGAGGUGUUCUAGUCUAACUUGCCUCACUAGCCAAUCAGACCCUCCAGGCGACCUGCCACUCAGAAGUGUUGAAGGGCCCUUUAGGGUCUCAGGCCUCAGGCUUCAGACUUUGAAGAGGAGACAGCAUCAUUGGUUUUGUGUGCUGUGCUGCCUUUGCUGCUGCAGGGAGCUGAGCGGAGAGCAUUCACCAGCUGGGAAACCACAACAUGAAUGCAGUGACCUAUGAUGAUGUGCACAUCAACUUCCCUUGGGAAGAGUGGGCUUUGCUGGAUCCUUCUCAGAAAGAACUCUACAAAGAUGUGAUGCUGGAGACCUACAGGAACCUAAAUAGUAUAGGAUAUGACACGGAAGAUCAUAAUGUUGAAGAAAAUUAUCAAAUUUCUAGAAGACAAGCGAGGAACUAUAGAAACCAAACUGGAGAGAAACCUACUGAAUAUACUCAAUGUGUUGAAGCCUUUGCAUAUGGCUUUCAUCUUCAAAGGCAUGAAAAACCACAUACUAGAGAGAAACCUUAUGAAUGUAAUCAGUGUGGUAAAGCCUUUUCUUUUCAAAAAUAUCUUCAAAGGCAUAAAAGAACACAUACUGGAAAGAAACCUUAUGAAUGUAAUCAGUGUGAUAAAGCCUUUGCACGUCACAGUUCUCUUAAAAGUCAUAAAAGAACACAUACUGGAGAAAAACCCUAUAAAUGUAAUCUGUGUUGUAAAGCAUUUGCAGUUCAACAUACACUUAAAAUCCAUAAAAGAACACACACUGGAGAAAAACCCUAUGAAUGUAAUCUGUGUGGUAAAAUGUUUCAUUAUCACUGCCGUCUUCAAAUGCAUCAAAGAACCCAUACUGUAGAGAAACCUUAUGAAUGUAAUCUGUGUGGUAAAGACUUUUCUUUUCAAAAAUAUCUUCAAAAGCAUAAAAGAACACAUACUGUAAAGAAACCCUAUGAAUGUCAUUUGUGUGGUAAAGCCUUUGCCCAGCAGAGUCAUCUUCAAAAUCAUAAAAGAACACAUACUGGAGAGAAGCCCCAUGAAUGUAAUCAGUGUGGUAAAGCCUUUGCACAUCAGGCUUCUCUUAAAAAUCAUGAAAGAACACAUACUGGUGAGAAACCCUAUGAAUGUCAUCUGUGUGGUAAAGCCUUUGCCCAGCAGAGUCAUCUUCAGAGUCAUGUAAGAACACAUACUGGAGAGAAACCCUAUGAAUGUAAUCAGUGUGGUAAAGCCUUUUCACAUCACACUUCUCUGAAAAGUCAUGUAAGAACACAUACUGGAGAGAAACCCUAUGAAUGAAAUCAGUGUGGUAAAGCCUUUGUAUAUCACAGUUAUCUUCAAAAAUCAUGAGCAAAUGCAAACUGGAGAGAAACCCCUUGAAUACAAUCCAUGUGGUAAAGUCUUUGCAUGUCAAAGUGUUCUUGGAAUGCAUAAAAAACCACAGAGUGGAACCAAAGCCUAUGAAUGUAAUGUGUGUGUUACAGUCUUUGCAAAUAACAGUCAUCCUCAAUGACAUAAAAGAACAAAUACUGAAGAGAAACCCUCCAAAUGUAAUCAGUGUGGUAAAGCCUUUGCCCAUUACACUCUUCUUCAAAUGAAUAAAAGACUCAUACUUAAGCGAAA